UCACACUGUCUCACACACUCACACUCAUGUUCUCUGACACUUACACACGCUGGAGGCCAUUGGAACAGAGCCCUGCUCUGGGCCCCUGUCCUCAGGCGUCUCUGGAUGCGCCCCCCGCCCCGUCUGUGGGCCCCCUGGGGUGGGUGAGCGCCUGCGUCCCUGGGCAGCCGCCCAGCGUGGGGGCCAGAGCCCAGGGCACGGGCGGCUGCUGUGUGGCGGGUGCGCCCUCCUGCAGGCCCCGGGCCCGACUGCCGUCCCCUGUAGAACCCCCCCCGCCAGGCCGGCCCGUGUGGUUUCAGACCUGUCACCCUGCCACCCACCUCCAGGGCUCUGCAGCCCGUCCCCAGCCGGGACCCCCGUUUCCCUCGGAACCGCUGCACGCUGGGGUCACGCUCUUGACCCAUCUCCCCGCAGCUGCUCUGAGGGCCAUGCAGGCCCUCGUCUGGCGGAUUCUGGGUGUGCUGUCCCCACGGGGCUCCCUCUCUGGGUCCCGGCGCACCGUGCCUGGCCUGCAGCCCCAAGGUGAAGACCCAGGCCCCCAGGCUGGCUCUGGCACCACGGAGGGUGUCCGUAAGGCCCCAGAGGCACAGAGGGGACAGGAAGAAGGACACCCACCUCAGUCUGAGCUGGGACAGAGCCGCGGAGCCCCGCAUGCCUGCGCCCCACCCGCACUCCCCCUGCACACGGACCCCGAGGCCACAGUUCGCGCGGUUAAGCGGCAGGAGCCAGGCUCCUGAGCAGGGGUGCGGCGCCACCUGAACCCUGAUUCUCCGUGGCCUGUGUGUCGGGGCUGGAGGCUGCAGAGGCCCCGUCCCAGGGGGACCGUGCAGCCCUCCUAGAGAGAGAAGCUGCAGAUAGGGGAGAGGGAACCGGCCUCACCCCAGGCUCAGGAAACACGCGGGAUGGCGGCGAGGCUCAGCUCG